AUGUCGUCCUCGACCUCAUCCUCGUCGGCCGCCUACUCGCACCGUCCCGGCGGAUCGCUCAAGUUCAAAGGCUCAUCCGCCAACGGCGCAAAGGACAAGAAGAAAAAGAAAAAGUCCAAGUCUUCCACGUCGGCCGAUGCGAAAAAGGCGAGCGGCAGCGGCGACCCGUCGCGCAAGCUCAGCGACGAGGACCGUCUAGAGGCCGACUUGCUCGCCCAGAUCGAGGACAAGGAGGCCGAGCUCGCCGCCUCGGGCCGCAAGCAGACCGAGUCCGAGAAAAAGUUUGAGGAAAUGAGGCGCAAGCGCAUGCACCAACGCAUCCAGAAGGAGGCCAAGCUGUCGCACAAGGAAAAGGUCGACGCCUUCAACCAGUACCUCGCCUCGCUCUCCGAGCACCACGACAUCCCCAAGGUCGGUCCAGGAUAA